AUGUCGCUCGCAUCCGGUGUUUCCGUCCAGGACGAGUGCCUGACGGCAUUCAACGAGUUCCGUCUCAGCAAGGGCAAGACCAAGUACAUCAUUUACAAGAUCUCCGAUAACAAGAAGGACGUUGUUGUGGAUGCCGUCGGUCACGACCAGGACUACGAGGUUUUCCGCGAGCAGCUCGCUGCUUCCAAGGACAGCCAGGGCCGCCCCGCUCCCCGGUACGCUGUCUACGACGUUGAGUACGACCUCGGCGGUGGUGAGGGCAAGCGAAGCAAGAUCAUCUUCAUCUCCUGGGUCCCCAGCGACACCCCUACUCUCUGGUCCAUGAUCUACGCCAGCACCCGCGAGGUCCUGAAGAACGCUCUCAACCUGUCUGCCUCCAUCCAUGCCGACGACAAGUCCGACAUUGAGUGGAAGACCGUCCUCAGCGAGGCUAGCGGUGGCAAGGCUGGUAAAUAG